CGUGUGAACGGAUACCACACGGCUCCCAACCUGUCUGUCCCUCUGGCUUCCAUCUCCGCACAGGAAUAAAAAAGAGAAGGGACAAAAGAUAUCUUUCAUUCUAAAAAGAAGUGGUGAGCUGCAGCCUUUUAAGUGUAUGUAUUUAUAGAGGCCGCUGGUUAACUUCACUAAGCUCCCGCCCUUCCUUUUUUUUUUUUUUGCCUUAUGAAAAUUCAGCUGCUGAGGAACCAAAUGCAUAUUUUAGCAGCGGCUGCGAUUUGGAGAAACACAUCACAUAAUGUGUAUGAAGAUGUGUGUGAGGGCAUCAGUCAGUUAUCCUGAAACCCUGGAAGAGAGGCCCUGGAAAAGUCACCCAUUCCACCCCAACAAGCGCUCCUGCCGUACAGACCAUCUUGGAUCGUUGACCAGCGUUUUUGCAGCAGGUGAGGCAAUAACCAACGUGCGAGAAAGAUGGCACUCACGUCCCUGUCCGGGUGUUUGGUGACAGUUCUGGUGCUGUUCUGGAGUGCGUCGUGGCCCCCGGUCCAUUCGGCCUCAGCGCCGGAGAAUGAGGUGCCCCUGCGGCCCACCACGUGGUUACCAGAGGGGAAGAUCGCCACCGUGACUCUACCUAAAGGACGAACACGCAGGCUGUACUUCACGCUGCGGAAAACCCCCACCAUGUCUUUGAUCGUCAGCCCAUGUGACUCAGCCAUCGAGUGGACCUUGGUGGCCCGCACCCUGAAGAACAAACCCCUCAAGAGUCUUGAGUGGAGCUCCAAAAAGAGCAUGCCUGAGGUGUGGUGGAGGGGUCCUGGGACCGAGGAGAGAAUACACAGCUUUUCUGGCAACAUUGUGGACACCUAUAGCGGCCCUGCAUCCCCCCUUGCGUCCGUCUACAUCCUGAGGCUGCGCUCCAAACAGCAAAGCAGCAGAGCCACGGUAUACCUUCACCAAGGCCCGGGGAUAUCGGGGGCCUUCCCUCAGGUCCCGGCUGACCCUCGAGUUCACACGCUCGGAGUGGGGAUGACCAGCGUCACCCUCAGCUGGGCUCCCAGUGCCUCGCUGACAGGCCUCCCUCAGAAGAGUUACGAAUACUGCGUCCUGGUCAACUCUGAACGCAACUUCCCCAGCCUUUGUGCAGCUCGAGAGAGUGCCAGGAAGGAGGAAGUUAAAAAGAGGAUGGAGAAGAAGACGAGGGUGAUGGCGUGGCCCAUCCUGAAGGAAUGGUGGUGGGAGCAGUGGGAGGGGGACUCGGAAACGGACGCUGAUCUCCAGUGCGUGUGUCGGGGGACAGAGAGCGUCUGCACUGUCUCCGAGCUCCUGCCCGACACCCAGUAUUACUUUGACGUUUUCAUGAUGGACCGGGUGAACGGCACCAGUGCGGCCUACAAGGGGACCGCUGCUCGGACGCACGAGGAAGCACGGCCGUCCAUCACCACGUUGACUGAGGGCGAGCUGAGGUGGGUCACCUUCCAAGACAGAGGCUCCACUUCAGAGCAGUUCUUCAGCUUCCGUCCACACGGCGUGCAGCAGAACGGCCUGCUUACCCUGCAGAGCUGUGGCGGGGGUGACAAAGUCAAGGUCACCGUCUCCAGUAAAGGUGUUGUUCUGACUUCUCAGGCCGUGGGGAAGGAUUUGGUGCAGAUUUGGCUGCAAGGAAGCCCAGUUUAUGUCAUCCACUUGCAAAGGCAAGGAACCACCACUGCUAAUUUACCAGCGGGGCUGACAGCUUCUGUGAAAAUGCAGACCUCUUCAGCAUACCACCGCAGAGGCGUCCCGUCCUUGCCGUCCACCUUGCAGGUAAAAUCCUUCAACCGCUUGCGUGGGUGCAACAGCAUCACGCUGGCUUGGAUGGGCACUGAGGAGAGGAGCCUCUACUGUGUGUACAGGCGAAAGUUAGGCCGUCCUGAAGGGGACACCUUAACUGCUCCAUGUCUGGGCCCGGAGUCCCGCUCCGAUACGGAGAGGGUCCUCUGCAAGUAUUUCCAGGAGCUGAAUCCGAGGCGGGCAGUCACGACAGCUGUGAUCGGUAGCCUUGAGCCGGGGACCACUUAUGUGUUUGAUGUCUACUUAAUGAGACGCUGGGGAAUCCCUAUCAAGUACGCCAGCAAGACGGUCAAGACCAGGAAGGAAUGCUGAAAUGCUGCCCCCUAUUGGAGGGUUAUGGAAUACACGCCGUAAAGACAGAACACGAGAACGAAGUCAUUUGACUGUUGUCUACCUUGUAGGAGCAAUGGUUGGACUCUUACAUGAGAGGAGGAUGAUCUGCACACCAGCAAACGUUCACAAUAUUUACAACAGGAUGCUCAUUGUUGCUUUUCAUCGUCGAUCACGAUAACGACACGGCACUGGUCCAAGUGCUCAUUUUGGUGCGUGGGUACAAAAGGACAGAUGAGGUUUGUGAAGUCAGAGCAAAAACAAAACCAACAGCGACUGUGUGCCAAAUAUGCAACAGAAACAGAUGGGGCAAUAAUAAUUGGAUGACAUCUGAGACAUUGGAGGGGAGUGGGGAGGGGGUUGUGGUGUAUAUUUCCGGUGCUGCGUAUUGUACAGACGCAGGUGGGUGCAAUCUAGAGAUGCUUAGUUCAAAGUGUGUAUCUUUGUGUUCUGCUUUUGCAUGAAGCAGGAAGAAAAAAAAUACUUGUGGCUAUAGCCUCAAAAUUGUCUUUGAUGUAUUCUUGUGCUGCUUCAAACGCACCAAUAAAUACUGGGGUAUCUCUUCUAUGUUCUUGAGAAUACUGUACAAACUAAACAAAAGACAUGCACUUCCAUGUUAUAUUAUAAAUAAAAGCAUUUCGGUAAUUUAUAAGCAAACUAGACAGAAUCUCUCAUGCCGUAAUUUGUAACUGUGCCCCCUAGUGGCUGUUAGCGGAAUUUAAGGAUGUGUUUUCUGAUUGGAUGCCUUGUAAUGAUAUACCUGCACACUACCGGGAAAUGUCAUCCUUGACACAACAUUGUUUUUCUGUCCAUUAUCUCACAUUGGUACUUUUUUCACACAAACACUCAGAAAUUCUGGAAUGGGUAGGUGCGGCCAAGAAAAAAAAUAACUCACCCGUUAUAGAGGAGAUGCAUAUUUUGUUUUUUGUUUCCAUUGACAAAUUAUGAAUGCUGGAGAGG